GUUUUAUUUGAGAGAUAAAUGUCAAGAACAAUGAAUAAAAUGAUACCUUGUUUGAAUGACAUCCUUCUUAAUUCAUCUAAUUAAGAUGCAUCUUCUUAUUUAAGAUUGAAAUAAUUAUGGCUGGUGAGUUUGAUUUUAAAUAUAAAAAAGUAUAGAUUUGAUGGAUGUUGGCAAUUUUUUUUUCAAAUAUUGUAAUUACUAGGCUAUUUAAAUAAAUAAUGGUGUAAUAAAAAACUUUUAUUGUAUGAUUUAUUCAUUUAUAAGAGUAAAAACAAAUGCUUUAAUUAUAUUGCUUUGAAUCGUAAUAUACAUAUUUAAAAUUUAACAAAUAAAUCUUUAAAUCUGUAAUUAAAAAUAAUAUGUCAUCAAUAUGACGAAUUAUCUUUUUAGAUGUGAAUUUAUAUAGAAAAGAAA